AUGUUGCAUUACGAAACUGUGGAAAAAGUUCUGCGCGAGAUCGAUCUGUCAAAAGGACAAGGCCCAGAUUUUAUACCACCGAUUUUCCUUCGAGAAUGUGCCGAGAGUCUAGCACCUCCCCUCAGUCUCAUCUACGAAAAAUCUUUGUUCGACAGUGUGUAUCCGGACAAAAUGAAGUUGAGUCAAAUAACAGCAAUCUACAAGAAAGGCAAGAAGACCGACGUGUCCAAUUACAGAGGGGCAGCAGUGAUGCCGAACUUAGCGAAAAUAUUUGAGAGGGUGGUGUAUGAACAAGCAAAAUUGAUCAUCUGUCCCCGACUGUCGAAGCGAGCACAUGGAUUUGUGACAUAUGAAAUCGGAGCCCAGGUAGACACGUUUUAUUCAGACGUAUCAAAGGCCUUUGAUACGGUAGAUCAACCAUUGUCAAUACGAAAGUUAGCACAUUUUCCACUUGGUAACCGAUCACUUCGAUGGUUCAAUUCAUACUCCGCGAAGAGAAAGCACCGUGUACGAGUAGGAAGAGAAAUCUCAGAUGAAUUUGAUGCACAUUCAGCGAUCGGCCAAGGAACGAUUCUAGGUCCUAUCCUCUUUUUAACAUUCUUCGAUGACUCUGACGCAAUCAACGAAACAGCAAGAUCAUAUAAUUUUGCCGAUGACAAGAAAAAAGCAAAAAUCGUAACUUGUUUGGCUGAUACGGUGAAAUUGCAAGAGUGCCGAGUGGAAUACAAUUUAGGCUUUGUCGUCUGA